AUUCCAACUUAAUUUAAAGAGAAAGAGUGAGAGAGAGAAAAAGGCUCUCAAUUAUUCAUCUAUUUGUUGGCCUCUUCUUUCUAGCUAGCUAGGUUAUAGUCAUAUAUAAGCAAAGAACAUCAAUCUUUACAUGCAGUUGAAUAAAAUGGCUGAAGAAGCACUUCCAAUUGGAUUCAUAGAAAACCCACAAGAUGGAACCAAUCCUCCUCCCUUGAAGAAGAAAAGAAACCUCCCCGGAACACCAGAUCCGGAAGCGGAGGUUAUCGCGUUAUCUCCUAAAACCCUAAUGGCGACGAAUCGGUUUUUGUGUGAGAUAUGUGGUAAGGGGUUUCAACGGGAUCAAAACUUACAACUUCACCGACGUGGACAUAAUCUACCGUGGAAGUUGAAGCAAAGGACGGGAAAGGAGCCGAGAAAGAGGGUUUAUGUUUGUCCCGAAAAAAGUUGUGUGCAUAAUCACCCGUCAAGGGCUCUUGGAGAUUUGACGGGAAUCAAGAAACACUUUUGUAGAAAACAUGGAGAGAAGAAGUGGAAAUGCGAAAAGUGUUCGAAGAGGUAUGCAGUUCAUUCUGAUUGGAAAGCUCAUUCGAAGACUUGUGGCACUAGGGAAUACAAGUGUGACUGUGGCACAAUAUUUUCUAGGAGAGAUAGCUUCAUUACCCAUAGGGCAUUCUGUGACGCCUUAGCCGAAGAGACGGCAAGGGUGAAUGCUGCAUCAGCCUUAGCGGCACACAUCAACAACACCAAUCCUAUAACGGCUAAUCUCAACUACCCUUUCAUAGGACCACCACAAGUUUCUGGAAUGUCCCAAGUGCAUUUUUCUUCCAUUUUCAAGCCGAUCUCAAGUCAUUUGCCAAAUGGGAAUAUCGAUCCAACGAACCGGGAACUACCUCUAUGGAUGGGUCAAUCAAAUAGUCCCCAUCAACUACAUGUCCCAUUGAGCUCGGAAUCAUCAUCUUUAGCAUAUGGAAAUGAUCCUGUGGCUAAUCCUGAUCAUUAUCAGCUAAAUUGGAUAUUUGGCAAUAAACUUGUUCCAAAUAAUGUUGAUCACCAUGAGCUAUUAUCAGCCACAAAGAACAAUAACAUUAACACUUCACUUCCUUUGAGCAACUUUGGGCAGAAAAACAAUGAGAACCCGCAGUUUGUAAGUAUCCCUUCUCUCUUCAGCUCCCAACACCAAUCCAACCAACCAAACUCAACCGCAAACAUGUCUGCCACGGCUUUGUUACAAAAGGCAGCACAGAUUGGGGCAACUUCUUCGGUCAAUACCUCGAUUCUAGGAAGUGCUUAUGCCAUGAAAGGCAGCGAUCAAAAUGAUGGACGAUUUGAGAACAAAUUUUGUGGGAUUUAUGGUAGUAAUCUUGGAGGAGAUAUGGAAAGCUCGAGGAAUGACAUAUCUCCAUUAAAUCAAUUGCGCAUAUUCCCAACAUUGUGUCAAACUAUACAACCGAACGAGCAAGAUUGUAACGCGGGUGGACAAACAAGGGAUUUCUUGGGGGUUGGGGUUCAACCCAUUUGCCACCCUACACCCUUGAACGGAUGGAUUUAAUCAGAUUUGAUGAAAUGGAAUCUUCUUGGAAGCCAAAAAUUUUCGAAGGGAAAAAAUAAUAAGUAAGUGAGGGUAAUAGAAGGUCGAGAAGAGAUUAGUGGUGACGAAUAAUGGAACAAAGAAAAAGGUGGAAUUGGAGUAAUUGAAGGAAGGUUAAAGUUAAAUCUUGAGAACUAUUCAAGAAUAGUGGAGAAAUUUUAAGAGGCCAUGCAUAUUCUGUGAUGUUGCCUAUGGAGAAAAAAAAGGGGUUUUGGUUAUGAAAGGAAUAAAUAAAAUGUGGGAGCAAACAUUUGAGCCUUAUAAUUUCAAUACCUAGUUUACUUGAAUUGUGAUUAUCUUGGAAAACAAUGCUUUUCUUUUUUUUUGAAAGAUAAUUUUAUUUAUU